AGACAAUCAUCAUGGCGAAACAAGUUUUUGAGAAAUUCAGAGGGUCUGAAAUCACAGAUGAUAUUCUAGAAGGAGCAGCGAAGCUAUUUAAUGAACACUACGGCGUGUGGGGAAAGGAUCCAUCAAACUCAAAUCCCACACCCAAACCAGGAAGUCAUGUAAAGCUAAGCAAGAGCCGGCUGCGAGAUCAGUAUCUGCCUAAUAAUGCAUACGAUUGCUGCUAUGUGAGAGUUACCCUGGAUGACCGUCUAGCUGGCAAUGCAUUUGCGUGUCGCUGGCGCUGGCAAAAUAAGGUAGUAUGCUGGGUGACGCAGCUUGUCGUACAUGCCGAUUUCCGGGAGCAAGGACUGGCACGGCAUCUUCUGGAAUUUCUUCGGGAAGACGGCGACGCGGUGUUUGGUAUUAUGAGCUCUCACCCAGCUGCCUGCCUUGCUGGUGCAAGAGCAUUUACGGGAAAUAUAAGCUCUGUGUCUCCCGGCUUUAUACAGGCGUAUGCGCAGGCAAUAAUGAAUCUUUCUCCUAUCAUUUAUGUCAGGGACGCGAAGCUGUGCGGCAGUCUUUUCGAUCAGAAGGAUACAAGUGGAGCGAUCUCGUCCGUUGAUACUCAGUUUUUUGUCGACCAUACGGAGCCGUUGGAAGUGUUGAAGGUGGUUCGACAGGAUCGUGACUGGCCGCUUGGAGAGUUGCUUGAUGGCUGCGAGUUCCUUUUUAUGGUCGAGGUUAAGCCUCGAGGAUGCUUGACGAGACCCCAGCCUUUUUAAUCUCCUUCUCGGUCUCAGUGGUAAUCUUGCCGUUUAAAUAUCUGGAGGAUCUCUUCUUAUUCUAUUUUUAUUUCUGGUGAAUGGAACAUGGACAAACGUUGCGCCAUGAGAAGAAGGCUUAAAAUACUCAGUAUACGCAGAGAGAUGAUUUUUAUUAAGAAUUGUUAAUAUGACUUUCAUUUACAAGACCC